GUGAAAACACGAGACUCAAACGUGCAAAAUAAACAUGUCGACUUCAGACGACCUGAAGCAGGAGAACAGAAACCGGAUGUUCCGAGAUUACAGUGCAACUCCGUGUCAAACAGCCACAAGCUGAGCGCCAGCAGUCCAGCAUCAGUCACCGGAGUCUCACAGAGGUUCAACACCUGCAGACAGGCCAGAUGUUCUGACAACAGCCGAAGCCCAGCGUCCCCAAACUGUGGAGGAGGAAGAAAGAGGUGCGGGAGGCGGAGUCAGGAGCGCAGGAUGCGUCCCGCUCACGAGCUGUCGCCCUGGAUCCAGAAGCUGAUCCUGGAGUACGAUGAGGCUGCGGCCGAGCACAAGCGCACCUUCAAGGCUCAGGUCAUCUACGUGGACCAUCUGAGCCCCUCGCAGGUGCACCUGGCGCCGGGCCCCACCGAGCUGCUGUACGUGUCCGACGGCGAGGUCCACAUCCCGGCGCUCCUCACGCCGGAGGCGGCGCAGCUGCUCCUGGAGAUGGAGGAGCGCGAGUGCCUGAGCAGGUUGCGCUUUGCCACCGUCCACAUCCAGAAGGUCAAGUUGCUGUUCUACGCCGACGCCGAGGAGACCAGGAGCCGCUUCUACCUGACGGUGGGGAGCAUGGCCACGCUGUGCAUCGUCCCCCGCGCUGACGUCGUCCCCAGCUGCAGCGAGCUGCCGGCCGUCCAGAGGAAGAUCUCCAAGGUGUGGAGGCGGAGGUUCGUGGGGGACGAGGCCGUCUGCCGGGACAGCCAGUCCCUGAUGGACCUGUCCCAGCUGCUGUGGGAGUGUGAGCAGGACUCCCUGAGCUCGCUGUGUGUGGAGAUCCGCGACCGGCUGGAGGGGGCAGAGAAACCCCCCGCCGGCCCGCACACCUCCCCACAGCCGCGGAACGCCCACAUGACCCACUGGGACGCAGACCGGAUCCGCUUCAAGAACGCGCCUUCUUUCAGUGUCCCGGUUAAGUUCCUCCUCAUGCCUGACCACUGUGGGAGCAGUGAUGGCCGCCGCCCUCAGAGCCUGGAGCCCCCUGACAACACAGAGGUACCCCGGAGUCCCGAGGGCCGCCAUACUCCCCAGACCCGCCGGAGUCCCGAGGCCCACCGGAGUCCCCAGACCCGCCCUACUCCCGAGACCCGCCGGAGUCCCGAGGCCCGCCGGACUCCCCAGGCCCGUCAGAGUCCCCAGACCCGCCUGAAGACUGUCUCUGAAGACCUGUUGCAGGAGAGCUCCCUUCUGAGGUGCGUGUUGCCCCGGAUCAUGCAGGGACCUGCGGCUCAUCAGUGGGACCUUUUUCCUCCACCGUGGGAGACUUCAUCAUCAAGUGAUGCCUCCGGAGACGACGGCCCCCGACUUGGUCCCUCUGCACCUGGACUUCCUGCAGAGGUCUCGCAGCCUAGUGACCUCCCACCGUACCAGGAUCUCCAGUCCUUCAGCAACACGUCUGAAGGUCCGGCUGAAAGCCAGACUCGGCCCUCUGUCGUGGAGCCGGAGGAAGAGCAGGUGCACAGUGGUGAGCUGCGAGUGGAGGGACCGGGGAAGAGGAGCGGUCCUGCAGCAGAGGGCCCACGGACCCGGGCCGGCGCCAGUCCCCUGGCCUGGAUCUGCGAGACCCCGGACCACCCGAACGUGGAAGACGGUCCGGAGCAGGCCCCACAGGCCCAGCCGGUCUCCAGCCAGGUCACGCAGCAGAACAUGGAGGACUUCAGCCGCUUCACAGUUCCCGAGUGGCUGCAGCGCUGGGCCGUCCAGUACCUGCUGCCGAAACCGCCCUGACCUUUGACCCUAGUUCUGAGUCUGAGUUGGCAAUGUUUGUGUUUGGCCCCAAAUAAAGAAAACAAAUGUUUACAAACUGGUCUGGAGGAUUUGUGGACGGUUGUGACGGGCCCUGA